AUGUCGAUGUCAAAAUUUAUCUCAAAAUCCGCCAUCAGGGCGGCAUCAACCUCAGCUCAGACAACUAAAGCCGCGGGCGAUAUUUCAUCCGUCUUUCCUAGUCUGAGACCUGACUAUAAGCCCGAACCUCUUCCUGCAAGAUUCCAGGAAUUGAAGAGAGAGAUAUUCGAGAAGAACAGAGAUGCUCUCACCAGAAGCUGGGAACGUUUGCUUCCCAGUUUGGAUGAGGAAGUGCAAAAGAUCAAGGCGCUCGGUAGCGAUAUCAUCCCUUCAAUUGAGUACUCUGAUGUGGUGUCUGGACAAGUGUCCGAAGCGGCGCUAAAGGAGAUCCGCCACCGAGGCAGCGUAGUAGUGCGCAAUGUGAUCCCCCAAGAUCAAGCUCUGGAGUACAAGCAGCGUAUCCGGGACUACGUGGCUGCCAACAAAGAGCGUGUGAAGGCUUUCCCGGCCGAUUCUCCGGCUGUCUAUGAGCUCUAUUGGACCCCUUCACAGACAGAGGCCCGUGGUCACGAUAACAUGCUUCGCACCCAACGCUUUAUGCAGCAGCUGUGGCAUUCAUCAGACCCCAACAGCAAGAUCUCGCUAUCUCAUCCCCUCACCUAUGGAGAUCGUCUGCGCAUUCGUGAUCCAGGCGACUCAAAGUUUACUCUCGGUCCCCACAUUGAUGGUGGCUCUCUCGAGCGUUGGGAGGACCCAGAGUAUGCCCGUGUCUACACCAAGAUCCUGGAAGGAAACUGGGAGCAGUAUGACGCAUGGGAUGCGCGACACCGUCUAGGAGCUAAUAUGGAUCUAUACAAUGGAGCUGGAGCCUGCUCCAUGCUGCGCUUUUUCCAGGCGUGGCUUUCCAUGUCCCACACCAAGCCCGGGGAGGGCUCCCUGCAUGUGUGCCCCAUGAUCAACCACAGCACAGCGUACACCAUACUGCGUCCCUUCUUCGAGCCCGAGAGCUCAAAGCCUCUCUUGGACGCCACAUUCCCAGGUUCCGUGCCCGGUGCUUGUCAAGAGUACAACCCUGUUACACACCCGCAUCUUGAUCUGGAGGCCACGAUGGUCUCGGUGCCGGAAGUGGCACCUGGUGACUUUGUGGCGUGGCACUGUGAUUCUCUGCAUUCCGUGGAUAAGGAGCACCGCGGCAGGCAAGACUCGAGUGUGAUGUAUAUCCCCGCUACCCCACUGUGCGACAUGAAUGUCGACUAUCUCCUCAAACAACGCGAAGCUGCUCAGAGCUACUCGCCUCCGUGGGAUUUCCCUGGUGCGGGUGGAGCCGGCGAGUCCGGAUUCAAGGGCGCUAUGGAUUGGUCUUCACUGAGCCCUCAUGGCCAGCGUGCUAUGGGUAUGGGGAAUACACCUUGGGAGAUCACUGAGGCCAUGAGUGAGGGCGAGAAAGCAGCCAUUCGAUCAGCUAACAAGGCCUGUUUCGGUGUUUAA